UUAUUUUUCCGCUACAGCACGCUUCCACAAUUUACCGGCUCCACUGAUUCACGCAGAUAGUUUUAUUUUGUCCAACCAUGUCUGAUUCCGAUAGUAGUGAGGAUGAAACAAAUAAUCAAUUGCUGGCAGCGGUAGACUCUUCAUUUCUUUGUGAAAAGCUUUACAAUACACCACCAGUAGUGCAAGACACAGCUCCUGUUCUAUGUGCCGAUGUGAAACAACCCCUUCCCAAAUCAAAUCGUUACUUGUUGGAAGAGGAGUCAAUCUUCCAUAGCGACCUCAACGUGACGACUGCCGUACAAAAUCAUAUUGCCGCAAAGUUAUCCAAACUGAUCGGCUCAGUUGUACAAUUUAAUGAUUCCGAAAAUGUUCAAUCCUCUACUCGGCUGGAUAGCUCAACCGAUGACACCGGAGUGCGGCUUUUAACAGGUUUCACUGAAGUAAUUGAUUUAAAUGAGGAUCUAGAACAACAGCCUCCGAAUGUAAAGCCGAAAGCAAUUAAACGAAGAAUGUUUGACUGUGAAUCGGACGUAGCUGUUGCAGAUAGAAUCGCUUCUUGCAUUUCCGAUCCGAGUGCAUUCCCGAAGGAAGUGCAGCAAUGGAAGGGUCCACGGAAACGAUCUAUUCAGUAUCAGUACAAGAAGAAACAGGAUGGCACUGUAGUGGAAAAAUCUAAUCUACUUGCAAAUGAAUUUACUAAAGCACGCAAUGCAAAUAUGUGGCACGAAAGUAAGAUAAGGAAGUUCAAAGGAAAACCCCAAAACGGAAACGCAAUUAAAACGGAUUAAAAAUUCAUGCUAUUAGUUUCAUACA